CCGGCAUGCCUCAGGACUGUCAAUCAGGUUUCAUUACCAACAGCUACAACGGUAACUGUUCAUCCACUUUGGAGUUGAUUACUGCCUGGACGUCAGUCUGACUGUUACCCUGUCUGAAAAACAUCAUUUUUCUGUAUAGCUACAGUAUGCUGUCAGGAGACUGUUGAUCAGAAAGGAUGUCAUCAGACUUCUACUCGAGCGAUGGAUUAUUGGAGAGGGGGUCCAUCCCCCUGGACAUCGACAACGUCCACAUGGUUCUGCAAGUGGAACAAGAGCAAAUCCAGAAGAGAACUUUCACCAACUGGGUCAAUGCUCAGUUGGCAAAGCGGAGGCCACCAUCAACCAUAAGAGACCUGUUCAAUGAUUUCCGGGAUGGUUCCAAGCUGUUGGAUCUGCUGGAGGUGAUGAGUGGUCAGUCCAUUAAUCGGGACAAAGGCAGAGGAUUGUUUCAAAACAGGAGCAACAUUGAGAAAGCAAUUACCUUUCUGAAGAAAAAAUCGAUCAAAUUAGUCAACAUAAACACUCCUGAUAUAAUUGAUGGCAAACCCUCCAUCAUCUUGGGUCUAAUAUGGACAAUUAUUCUUCAGUAUCAUAUUGAAGAGUUGGCCUGCUGCCUCUCAUUUGAUUCCCGUCAGUCGUCCAUGGAGUCUUUGGCCAGUUUGGACAGUCGCUCCAUGCUCUCGAGCCGCUCAGCUAGCAGUAGCCCGGUUCCUCCCAAAGGCUCUCCUUUACACAGCCGCUUUCGAGUUUCUGCUAAGAAAGCCCUGUUGCUAUGGGUCCGAGAGCAGUGCCACAGAGCUGGCUGUUCAGUGAGCAUAAAAGACUUCAAGGCAAGCUGGAGGAGUGGCGUGGUCUUUCUCGCAAUCCUGAAUGCCCUCAGACCCAACUUGAUAAAUCUUUCCAAAGCUAGAACCAGGAGUAACAAGCAGAACCUUGAAGAGGCCUUUCACGUUGCAGAGACUGAACUUAGGAUUCCAAGACUGCUGAACCCCAAUGAUGUGGAUGUCAGAGAUCCAGAUGAGAAAUCCAUCAUGACCUAUGUCGCUCAGUUCCUGCAAUACUCUAGAGAUGUGACUGCCCAAGAAGAUGAGAUACAGUACCUGACUCCUCUAGAAAGCCCCUCACCUAUCAACGUGCCUGUUCACUACACUCCUGCUAUUUCUGAUUCACCUCUUCAACAGGUGACACCUGAUUGCAAUGCACAGGAAGUGACUUGUUGGCUUGUCCAGGCCUUUGAUGAGCUGUUGGAAGGAUGGAACUCCACAGAAGGAGAAAGCUACUCUGAGCGAUACCAUGUUUUUCAGACCUUUCUUGUGUCCUUUAAUGAGCAGCGUAGGCCCAUCAUGCCUUUACUGACGGCAAUGAGACGCACUCCAAACAUAAGCCAGGAUCAACGGUCUCUUAGGGAAGCAUGGGAUUGCCUCAGUGAAAAGCUGCGAGAAUAUAAGGUGGAGUUAGACAGGAACCUUCCUGCCCCUCUGGAUACUGUAGCUGGAUGGUUGCUGAGAACAGAGGGAGCUCUGGCUGAAGAACAAGGUGACUCUCAGGAUCAUGAUAGUGCUGCUGAUGAAGCAAGGGAGAAACAGGAGCUUCUGAAGAUUUGUUUAGAGGAGAUGCCACAGCAAUUGAAAAUCUUCCAGUCCUUCCAAAACCUGGAUGACAUUGGAAACAUGAUGGUUCCAUCAGACAAGAUUGAAGAACUAAAGAGGAGAUUCACCAAUGUGAGAGUGACUGCUAAGUAUCAUGGGAUCAAGCUGGAAUACAGAGAGUAUCGGCACACAGUAUUGGAUUUAUUGGGACAAAUCACGACCAAGCUCUGCAUCUCAAAGAGACUCUUCGUUUCUCCUGAGGCCGUCACAGUGUUGCUACAAGAAUGGGACGAAAUGAACAAACAGGAACUCCCCUCUUUGCUUGAGGCUGCACUUUGCAAGCUAAAGCAAAUUUCUGAGAAAUAUUCAAGCAAAUCUGCUCUCGCUCCCGAUUACCACCAUGUAAGUCAGCAGGUGAAGCAACUUGAGGAGAACACUGCUGUUGUUUUGGAGGAGGUGUCAUCUGCCAAGAUCCUGAUUGGCCGGAUUCUGUCUGCCUGGAACUCAUACAUUGACUGUUUGAGUUCACUUCAGGCUUGGCUUGAACAGAGCUCUGCAAUGCACAAUCAAGGCAGAAUAUUAAUGGUAACAUCUGAGUCGAUGAGUGAGUGGGGCUCUAGGCACGCCCAUUUAAAUGAGCUGGCUAAUUUCCUGAUAGAGUCAACAGACCCUCAGACCAGUAGAGGUCUGGCAGAAGAGCUAUGGAAACUCAACAAGCACUGGGCAGAGUGUGUCAAAGAAAACACUUUGGAGAACACAACAGCACCCCUUGCAGAUUUGCCAACAAACUGUCAGGAUCUCCAAUAUUUGAUAAGAGAGGCUACUCUGAUUCUGAAAGAGCCUCUAGAAGCAAUGGCAGGUCCUUUGAGAGUGCGCAGGAAUCACUUACAGCUCAUGCUAAAGAAGAUAAAAGAAGUAAAUCUUGGGGCUCUUGAGCCAUCUGCAGAAUGGCCACUGGAUCAGCUUCAGAAACUUAGACAUGCUAUACCUGAAGUAAUGCAAACCUUAUUUGAAGCUGAACAAGUUUGUGCAGAGCUCCAGCAUAGUGUGUCUGGGUUGGACACAAGACUAGCUGAACUUCUACUCUGGGAAAUGGAGGCCAGGGAGCUGUAUGAGGUGCUUAGAGCCAGAAAUCAACAACAAAAUCUACAGGGACAGGACCCAAGAGCGAGGGUUGUCAUUUCCCGAGGUCUACAGCUGGAGGGCCAGGUGGUCACAGAGGAGCAAGACCUGCAGGUCAUAAUUAUGACUAUGCAGAAAACUACGCCUAUCCAAUACCUUUAUGCCUCUGCAAUGCAGAAACGAGUUCAAAAUGCUGUUGCCCAGUCCCAGGAAGCUAUUGGCUUGCUCAGUAGUCUCAGUGCAAGAAGGGACAAAAGUAGAAGCCCCCCAGAAGCCAGUCCUCUAUCAGAAAAUUUAAUUCAGGCUAAAAUAAUGCCUCAACACUUGAGGCUGUCAGAGACAAAGAUGCCAACUCAUCAGUCAGAGACAAAUGGCAUUUCAAAUCACAAUGAAGAAGCCUCUGUGCCAAAGAUAGUUGUACAACAAUACAGAGAAGAAAAGAUAAUGUCUCCAUCAAUGCCAAAUACCUAUGCACAAGUUGCAAUACAGAUAGAGAGCCAAAUUCGGACUUGCCAAGAAACCAAUGCACAAAAACGUCAGAUAAUUCAAGAUACUAGUCAGAUACCUCAGCAGCAACCACAACAGGACCUUAGCAAAAAACAUGAGCAAGAAAAACAGCAGCCAUUUAAAUACAAACCAGAGCAAAAACUAGUAGAGAACAAAGAGCAAGUGUUGAAUCUAGAACAACCACAACCAUGUCAGGAUAAGCAAGAGCAACAAGACGGUCUUGAAACAAUUUGCCAGUUUAAAGUGAAACAACACACACUCCCAAUUGUAAAAGAAGAAACACUUUUUAAACAGGCAGCUGAGGAGAUUUUAUGUCAGCAACCAGCUCCAAAGAAAAAAUCUCUGAGUUCACAAGAACUUCAAAGCAGAAAGGCUCAGGCCAUCAAGAACCGUCCAUGGCUUCAGAAAGCAGCCCAUCCAGAAAGAAAAAGUCCAGCUCCUUCUCAAAAAACCCCUGAAUCCCAAGUGAAGGUGACUGCGCAAACACAACAACAAAAAGAACAAUACCAGUCUGCAAGGGAAGGGCAGCAACAAAAGAAGCAGUCUCAAGACAGUAAAAAACAACCACACCCACCUGUUAGACAGAUAGAACCUGAUUCAGGCACCAACAAUAAAUCUCAGAUCCAGUCUUAUACAAAAUCACAUGUCAUAAAUCAGUCAGAACCAAAGGUACAGGCUAAUCUUCAGUCAGUACCCCAGGUUCAAAUCCAGUCCAGAAGUUUGGUUUACUCUUGUGCAGAUGGUCCACAACCACCAUCAGCCAUGUCCCAAACCAGAAUCAGUCAGUCACAGAAACAAAUACUUCCACAAUCCCACAGUCAUGGUCAAACAGGUGUCCUUUAUGGACCUCAUCUUCCCUUGCAUAUCCCUGCAGGGACUACAAUCAGACCCACAUCCCCUUAUCAGGCAUCUCCACCAGGUUUUAUCCAGCUUCCCGUGCCGUCCCACAUUCAGCUUCGUAGUCAUCCACAAUCUUGGGGUCCUGUUAGACCCCCUUCCCCUAAGCCACCAACAACUGACAGGCCUGAAACCCAAGGUCAGCAAAGUAUGACUCUGUCUCUCCCUCCACCCCAGUUGAACAAACAAUCACAGCUUUUUGCUCAUUCAGUGUGCCAACCUCAGAUCCCAGCAAAUUUGGGAGAUCAAGCUCCUGCACCACCUCAACCUGUGGCUUAUUCUCAAGCCAUUUCCCAGUCAAUUACGCAGGCUCAAACCCAUUCUCAGCAAAGAGCAAACGUUCAAACUAAUACUUUUUCCAUUGACCAGGCUCAGAAUAUUAUUGGUCCACAUCAACCUCAGCCACAAAUUUGUCAUGAGGGCCAACAUGUAGUCCGUUAUCAAGAUCAUUCAGCUACAGAUCCCACAACUCUCAGCCAGUCACCAGCCUUUCACCAAGGUCUUUAUUCUCCAUGCCAACUGCAAGCAUGGCCACAAGUUAGGCCUGCAACCCACAUGUCUGUUCAGCAUCUUCAAGCUACAACUCAACCUUUCCUUUGCCCUGAGAUUUAUCCUCAGCCUCGGUUUUCAGCUCAGCAGUGUGCAGAAAACCAAGAGCUACAAAAUCAAGCCAUUCCACAACAAAAGCAUCCAGUUUCACAAAUGUGUUGCCAGCAAAUUGCUCAAGGUUCACAUUCUGGGGAAUAUUCAGCAGCUCAUGUUUUGCCACAGUGGCCACAGCAAACAACUCAGAUCAGCUCCCAUGCGUAUGUGGUGGAUCUAUCCAGUACUCAGCCUCAAAUUAGUCCCCAGAGAAAUACUCAAGCCUGGACUCAAACAAAUCCCCAAAUAAGUUCCCAGAGUCACGUCCAACAGAGUCCCCAGAAGAGAGCUUAUAAUAUAGCACAGAAAGAACAAGGCCUGAUUCAGCAACAGACCUGGUUUCAGCCGCAACCACAGCCCCAUACUUAUCACCAACCUCCAUCUCAGACAUAUUUACCAGCUCAGCACCUUCUCCAAAGGCAACAUCACUCUCAACCUCAGAUUCAAACUCAAAUACCUCUACCACCAUCACCACCUGACCAAGCACAGUCACAGUUCUCUACACAGUACCAAAUACACAAUCUUCAAGGCCAGUCCCAAACACAGACCCAGACACAGCUACAAAGUAAACCUCCUGCUAAGAAUAAUCAGCCUUCGUCUAAUCCUCUCUUUCAUCAGCUCCCUCCCAAAUCCACACACUUCCAAGUCCUGUCGCACCCAGUGAUUGAAAUCAAAAGUGUGACACCUCCCCAGGCCAAACCUCUGGGUCAGGCAGAGUUGGAUCCAGCAACUCUGUUUGAAUUGUUAGCUCAGCCAAAAGGACAAUCAUCAGCCCAAUUAAAAACAAAACCCAUAAGUGACCCCAUUCCACUAAUUGCUACAGCAACAACGAUACUCAAUGUAGAAACUUUGCAAAUCAAGAAGGAGCAGACACCACAGGCCCAAGUUUGCUCACCAUCUGCACCUGGUAUUGUGUCUGCCAUAGAACCUAUAGAUGAACAUCAGGUGGAAAAAAGGUCUGUGGUUCUGUCUCCCGAAAAACCUGAUGUAGAAUCUACACAGCAGUCCAAUGUGGUGACAAGAACUUCAUCACAACCAACAGCUCAGUCACAGAUUCAACGCAGUGUUCAAUCAGUAACUGAACUUAAGGUGCAAUCAUCGCCAGUACCCAAGCCUAAAGUCCAAUCUUCACUACAAACCCAGCAGAGUGCUCAUUCACCAGAGUUGACCAAGUCCCAAACUUUGACACAGUCCAGGGUUCAAUUGCCCCCUCAGACAAGUCAACCAGUGUCAGCACUUAUUUCUCAGAUUCAUGUGGAAUCUCUGAAUCUCUUCACUAAACCAUCCUCACUAGAUCAAGUGCCUUCCCAGGCCUACACAGAGGCCUACGUGAAGGCCCAGGCUCUGGCCAGUAAUCACUUCGAGGAAGCCAAGCAUUGCCUGCAAGCGCAUAUCAUGGAAACAAUCUCUGUCUUCAAAGACAAGUGCCUGACAUUUGAGGAAGCAUCAGUAAAAGAGGCUCUUGACCCAGAGUUACUUGCGGAAUUCCUGAGAGCAGCCAAGGGCAUGGAGGCUUUCUGUACUCCGUCUCAACUCAAAGAGAUGGCAUUAUUUACUCAGUCUGUCCAAUCACAGUGGGAGGCUUGCUUCCCAGCUGACUUUGCAGAAGCUGGUCAGCAGUUGGAGACCCUGAAACAGCUGUGUGGCACUCUGAGUCCUGAGGACACUCAUCACCUGGCUCAGACACAACUCCUGGAGUGUGAAAAGAGAGUUCAUCAAGGCUCUGGUGAGGUUGGGACCACACAGAAGGGAUCUAAAAAAUCUAGUGAAAAGCUUCCAGUUUCUGGAGAGGUGUCCCAGGUUAUAGUUCAGAAAACGGUUGAGAAGAAGACUGACAUUGAGAAGCAAGCAUCUGUGGAAGAAAUCACAAAGAAGGAAGCUUUAGAAAGAUAUGAAACUUGCAAAAGAACUCUGCAAGCUCAUCUGGCUAAAAAUGAACAGAACUUUACGGAUGUUCCUUCUGACUUAAUCUCCCUGAAAGCCCUGCAUACACGACUCCAAGAAAUACAGUCUCUGAGACAGGAGACUGAGUUACUGUGGUCUGAGUAUGCAAACCAGUUUUCCCAACUGAGAGGGGACUCUUCGCUGGAGCAAGAGAAGGCAGAGCUGCUGGAGCUCUGGCGCAGCCAACAGACAAACCUUCAGAGGAGAGGCAGCUCACUGGGUGCUGCCCUCAGACAGAUUGAUUCCACAGAAAACCACCUGGUGGACUUUAAUGACCGCCUGGACCGCUAUCUGAGACAAUCCAAAGAUAUUACUGGCUUCAGCUUGGCCAGCACCAACAUCCUUAAAGAUAUUAAGGAGCUCCAUGACAACAUUCAUAGUGAGUUGGAUCAGUUGUCCCGACUGGACCCUGAGUCCAGUGACCUGGACCCUGGAGAAUGCUUCCGUCUGACUCGAGAAGUCGAGACUCAUAAAGCCAGCCUGGAUCAGCUCCGACAGCAGGUCCAGAAGAGCGAAGCGGCAGCCCGUGCACUUGACCAAUUUCUCAUCUCACUACGCAAGGUGGAUGAUGACAUAUCUGGGGUCCAAGGUACCUCCUGCACUGAGUCUGUGGUCCUGCAGGACUGUCGCUGCAAACUGUCUCUGAUCAGACUGAGCAUUGACAGUCUGAAAGAAAAGGCACCUCAGCUGGACCUGCUCCUGCAAGGAGCCAGGCUGACUGUAACUAGGGAUGGUUCCCCAGCUUCCUGUCUUGACAUGGUGGCUGUACUGCUGAGAAGCCUGGAGGAGGCUGACAGUGGACUGGCCAGCCAGCAGAGAGGCCUUCAGAAAGAGACUCAAAGCAAAUCUUUUGGUCUAAGGAAAAGGAUAACACUUGGAGAGCUGAGGAAGCUUCAGGAUGCGAUUGAAAAACAAGGCUUGAAAGAGCCCACCAUGCCUGCUGCGCAGCACAGGCUUCGUGCUCUGAUAGACUUAGAGGGCCAGCUACAGAUUCAACAGUCUGAGGUUCAGAGUCUCCGGGAAAUGAAAGAUCUACAAGGUGAAGAAGAGAACCUCCUCCAGGACCUGGAAAUGCAGUGGGAAGAGACUCAGAGAGCUUUCUUUGAACAGAAGAAGCAGUGCAAUAUUCUGCUGGAGCUUUUGAAGAAGUUACAAACCUGUCGCAGCCUUCUGAGCACCACUAUUCAGAAAACUGAGCAGACCAUCAGCGAUCAGGCUUCUUAUAUUGGAAAAGACAACUUGCAGAGAAGUAUGGCAAAGGUGUCUGAUAUGAAGGAAGAGUUGGCUGGUCUUGGUGAGACGAUAGACGACAUGAAAGGUGCUUGCAAGCGGCUUCAGUCAGAGCUGAAGAAGUUUCCGGAUUGCACUGAUGCUCCCUUUGAAGUUGAGGCAGACACUUUGCUGGACAGCUGGCUUGAUAUAACUGAAAAGACAGAUUGCUAUAUGGAUAACCUUCGAGUGGGAUUGGAAAUGUGGGAGAAGCAGCUGAUGCUUGGAGGAGAAGUGGACGACUGGGCUCGAUCUAAACUGGCCCUGUUUUCAGAAGGAAAUCCUUUCAGCAAUGAACAACAAGUUCUUGCCAUGAGAGAUGAGAUUCAAACAAAUGAGGAGAAUAUUGAACAUUUUCAUAAGAAGUCAACUGAAAUUCAGGAGAUCCUGUUGAGUCAGGAGGCUCCUUUAGAACUACAGGUGAUGGAGACCCAGCUCAGGAAGAGAAUGGAACAGGUGAAGGAGUCAUUCACUGACUGCACAGAUGUUUUUGAGGAGAUCAGAGCUGUAAGAAAGCAUCUGUCAGAGAAGAUAAAGGAGUGUUGGACAGGUAUGGAAAACAUCCAGAAUUGUCUGAGUACAAUUGAGGCUUCAGAUGCAAAAGCAGAAACCCAAAUACAGGACCUAGAUGCAGACCUGAGUUCUCAGGAAGAGCACGCUGAAGCUGUGUUGAAAGAGGUGGGCUUGUUGUCCAGUGUGCCCAGUCCACCGGUACUGGAGGAACUAUCUAAUGACUGCAGCAGUCUAAGAGAGGCCAUCGCGCAUACCAAAGACAUAAUCCGCCUGAAGAGGGAGGAAAGACACCUGUUCAAGGUCAUCAGCGAUGAAAGAAAAUUGUUUGAGGAAUGGUUCCAGGAUUUGCAGCUGUCUGUCAAUGAGUGCUUUGAGAGUCCUGAGAGCAGAUCAGAUGUGGAAACAUCUUUGCAAAAACUAACUGGAUUCAUAAACUCAGAAGAUACAGAGAGACGUCUGAGGCAGCUCAAUGAUCAGCUGGAGAGAGCUAAACAGCAAGUUUCUUCUCAGCAACUCUCAGAGUUUAUCAACUGGCUGAAGGAGCAGCAGGAGGAAGUGGCUACAUUUAGAGCCCACUGCCAAAGCAGACAGGAGCAAAUGGAGUCUCUCCUUGAUGACUUAAAUCAGCUACAGAAGCAACAUGAAAGACUCUGUGAGUGGCUGCAAGACAAAGAAAAACAAUCGGUCGUGCCAGAAAAUGUGAAGCUUCUCUUCAAAGAACUUCAGGAUGAGAGUGUUAGAGGGGUAGCCCUCAGUGAGCUUUUGGCAUCAAUACGCAGGCAGGGGGUAAGAGCUGAAAACAUCCUGAAAGACGGGGACAACUUGUUACAGCGCUACAGAAAUUUGGAGACUCGGCUACAGAAACAGGCUACAGCCCAGAGUGUCCUGGACAAGGAAUACAACAGGUUCAAUUCCCAGGCAGAGAGCAUCAGAACCUGGAUAAGUGACUUUACACAACCACUGACCACUCCUAGCAAAGAUAACACGGAGGAGAUGAAGCAAAAAGCACUGGCUGUCCUAAGCUCCAGACCAGAAGGGGACUCUAAAAUCAACAGUCUCCUUGGAGCAAUGGAAAGGCUGUGUGAACAAGAGGACAUAGAUUUCAGGAGGAAACAUGAUUUUUGUUUGCUGGUUAGAGAGACGGAGGAUCAAUGGAGGAAGGCCCUUCAGGCUGCUGAGGAGGCCUUCGAUCAGGCAGAAACAAAGGUCAGAUUAGAAAAACUUCUAGACACUUUCCAAAUCCACACUGAAAAUUUGGAGUCCUGGAUCAAAAGCCAGUAUGACAUUUUGACUUCUCUGGGUCCUCACAUGGAACUGGAAGAAAAACUCAAAAUUUCAAAGGCUAUUCUGAGCUCCAGACCUUAUGGAGAGUCAAAGCUGCAUGAUUUGAGGCAACAAUACCAGAUCAUCAGUGAGAACCAGGGCUCAGAUGGGAACAAGAGGAAAGAAAUUUGUAGUGCUGUCAAACACGCUGAGGAGCAGUGGGAGAAUCUCUUACAUGAUGCUGAGGUGGCUGCAAAGCACGCAGAGAGCCAAGCUGGCUUUGAGAGGGAGUUCAAGGCUUUCAGAAAUCUGGAUGAAAGCUUUCAGUCCUGGAUGAGAGAGCAGAGGCAGAAACUAUUGGGCCUGGGUGGUCACAUGCAGUUUGAGGAGCAGUGGCAGAUCGUUCAGGCUGUCAUAAGUUCCAAAUCAGAAGGAGAAUCCAAGCUCCUUGACCUCAAAAUGCAAUCAGCCACUCUGUGUAAGCAACUGGAGAAGAGCAGGAAAGCAGAGGUGGAGCAGCUGGUGGCACACACAGAGCAGCUCUGGGGAGCACUUUUAGAGACAGCCCAGCAAGCUGAACUCCAAAGUAUUUUGGACGACUUUGAUUUCCAAAGACAAAACACUGACUCCUGGAUAGAAAAUAAACAGCAGAAUCUUCAGUGUGUAUUCAGUUACACUCCAUCUGAGAAGAGAUGCCACACAGCACAGGCCAUUUUGAGUUCCAGACCUGAUGGUGACUUUAAGGUCAACAACCUCAGGAGACGAGGCCAAACUCUCUGUGACCACCAGGGUGCUGAUGAAGGACAGAAACUCCAGGCUCAACAGACUGUUAAAGACAUGGAGAAACAGUGGCGGAAAAUCCUCCAAGAUGCUCAGCAGGUCGAAGCUGCAGCAGCAGCUGAGAUAGCUCAGGAUAUCGAAAGGAGGAGUUUGGAGAUGAGAGAAUUGGAUACCCAUCAGAGUAACACUGAUUACUGGAUUGAGGGGCUCCAACAACAAAUGGUGUCCCUGGUUAACCAAACUAAACCUGAGGACAGACUUCAUGUAGCUCAGGCCAUAAUGAGUUCCAAGGCUGAAGGUGAUUACAGAAUCCAGAAGCUCAGGAGUCUUUGUCAGAGUGUUUGUUCACAGGAUCUUGGCAAACAGAAAAAGCAAGACCUUGAGCAAAGAUUACAAGACAGUGAGGAACAGUGGGCAAGGCUGCUAAAAAAUGCUAAACAAGCAAUGAGUGAAGCUGAAAGGGAGUGUGCUCUGGAUCUCCAGAUCAGGAACUUUGAAGCCCUGAAUGAAAGCAUCGGCAACUGGCUAAAAGAAAGGCAGAAGGAUCUCAUGUCUCUGGAUAAUGAGACUGAUCUAGAACAAGUGAUAAAAAUGUCUCAGAACAUCCUGAGCCUCAAGCCUGAGGGAGACUCAAAACUGUCAGAACUGACGAGACAUAGCCAGAGUUUGUCUGAGCAGGAAGGCAGACAAGAAAUUUCAGUGUAUGCACAGCAAAAGGCCCAGAAGGCAGCACAAGACUCAGAAGAACUUUGGAAGAAAGUCCUGCAGACAGCUGAAACCACUCUGCUGAAAGCUGAGGUCCACUACUCACUCUCCAGAGCAAUGGGAGCCUUCCGAAACCAUGCAGAUAACACUAAAGGUUGGAUUAAAGACCUGGACAAACAAGCUGAAUGUAUGCAAGGUGGGAUGCAGGGCAGCAAGGCUCAGCUAGAGGAAAGAAUGAAAACUGCACAGGUCAUCUUGAACUUUAAGUCAAAUGGUGAAAGUCAAGUGGUGGAGCUGAAGAGGCGAGCACAGAGUCUCUGUGACUAUGCAGGCCUUCCAGAAGAUAAGAGGAUGGAGGCUCAGCAGAUUGUCCAGGAUGUAGAGAUUCAGUGGGGGACAGUUUUGCAAACUGCUGAAGAGACCUACAGACAGCUUCAAGGUGUUAUGGACCGCCUGCUUUCUUGGAAGUUUAAUCAGGAUCAGGCUGAGGCCCUACUGGCUGAGAUCCAGAAGCAGGCAUCCAGCCUUCCACAGAUAUUCACGUGGCCAGGCUUGGGAGACCGAAGACAGGCUGUAGAGCAGGCCCAGACCCUCCUGGAGCAGAGCACAGCCUUAGCCUCCGUAUUCUCAGAUGUGCAUUCACAGGCUGAGGACCUGUAUGAAAUCACACAAGACCAAGUUUGGAUUGAACCUUCCUGGAGAGCCAAGGAGGAGGCCAUUCCUGCCCUGCUAAAACAGCUAACUGAUGUGGUAGCAAACUUGGAGCAAGGUAUUGUGAUGGAGCGGCAGUGCACUCUGCUUAUUGAACAACAUGAAGCAGCUCAGGACUGGCUGAGAGAGCAGGUUAAAGGCCUGGGACCCCCCCCUACAGACAGAUCUGGCCUUUACAAUUCUGUCAACACCCUAAAGGCUUUGCUCCUGACAGUUGAUAGGGAGCAGAGAGACAUGAUGGAACUGGAUUCUGCCAAAGACUGCUUGUUGAGCCUCUGUACACCUGAAGGUCAAGAUGCUAUCACACUGGAGGUUCGCUACCUCCAUGAACUGUGUGCCAAAUCAGAGCAUGAAGUCAGGAAGCACCUGACAACCUGUGAAAGGCGGUUAGAGGAGAUGGACUGUGAACUGGCCCAAAUAUCCCAGGAGUUAAAGGAGAGAGCGGCUGCCCUGCAGUGGGAACUGCGCUCUCUGGACCAGGCAUUUAGUUACAGUGAACCUCAGAACAACAUAGCUCAGCUUCAGCAGCACUGGCUCAGCCUUCAGAACUGUGAGAACUCACUGCUGGAUUUAGGUGUCAAAGUUCAGGACCUGUACCAAGAAGUAAAAUCUGCACCAUAUACCAACGAGUUACCUGCAGAAAUUAUCAGUUUGGUUGAAUCUUUAUGCCAGCAACAUACCAGUUUGGAGUUUAGGCUAAGUGACCACCAAGGGGCCUGUUCGACAAACACAGCUCAUUAUCUGAGGGACUCUAUUUCUAUUAUGCAACAGUGGACCCACAGCAACCCUUCAGAUUUAGUUUCUUCUGUGCAGAUGGCCAGAGACGAAGUUGAAAAUCUGCAACACAAUCUGCAUGAAGCACUUUCUCAUCAACAAUUUCUAACAGCCUGCCUGACACAAGACUUGUUUGAGAAGUUUAAGAAAGAGUGCUUAGAGACUCUUGAACAUGUAGAUGCACACAAGAACUUUUUAAAUCAGAGCUUGAAGGAAAUUGAACAGAGAGGCAAACAACUGCCUGAUACUCGGUCCUUGGAUAUGUCUCGUGUAAAACUGGUGGAAACAAAGAGUACUGUUGUGGCACCACCUCGUAAGAACAAGAGUUUCCAUGAGAAACAAAGUGCAUCCUUACCCAAAACGUCUACAUCUGUUAUGGAUGAAUUAUUGGUUCAAACUGAGGAAAUUCUAAAAACCAGUUUGAAACCAGCCUUGGAAGUUUCAAAAAGUGCUACAUGUGAAGAAAUUUCACUGAUUCCAUCCAGAAGAAAUUCAAAGUGCUUAGAGACCGAAAAAGAACUUGUCUAUACUGAGGUGGAGUCAGACAUGAGGAAAGCUAUAAACACUCACUGCAGUGAUAUCGGUAGCAGUGAACCUAAGAUCAAGUUUGAACCAAGUAGCAUUGAGGCCAGGGGUCAAAUUUUACUCUCAAACCCAAGUGAUGCUAAAUUGCAACAGAACCAGGACUAUUUUAAAAUUGCACCAUCUGGAGUUACUACUGUUGAAAAAAAUACAAGUGUUGUGUGUCCACAGUUUGUUCAAGGGUACCCUGAGAUAACUCUUUUAAGACAAAAAGAGGUUCAACCUCCCAGACAAAAAUCAAUUAGUCCAAAGUUUUCCUCUAAAUAUCUUGAACAACAAAUGGUACGAGUAGUGCUAACUGAACUCAGCCAUGGGGAAGAAUCAAAACAUAUACCAAUCAUAAGAAAAUCAAAGACUGCCGUCCCAGCUGCAACUUGCAUGAAAGUUGCUUUUGAUAAAUGGAGUACAGAAGUUGACCCUGAAGAUAACAAAACACCUGUUAGCUUGGAAUCUUCAGAUUUGCACAGAGAAUCAGAAAAAAGUGAAACCUCUGAAGAAGAGAAAGAUAAACCUUCUCCAGCCAAAAGAAGAUUAAAAGGUCAAGAAACACCAAUAGAGCAUAUCUCCAAAACAUUGGCAGAAAGCCAUCCCCAUCCAAACAGUGACAAGUCUUUACAGAGUUCUAAAGAGCAACAACAGGUUUUAGUAGAAGAAACUGAAAUUAUACCAAGUUGUCGGAGGUUUAAUCUUGAAGUUCAGUUGGAGUUAAAUUACGCUGCCAAUAUAACACCGAGUUUAGACCCUGAUGAUACCCAACAAGAAUCAAACUUUGCCACAGAAACCUUUAUAGACAGUCCUUUUUUGUCACCCAGAAGAAAAUCAGAGAAAACAGAACUGUGUAUUGUACAAGCCUUUCAGAUGGAUGAGGCUGAAGGUAAUACGUCUUUUCAGUUUGAACAAAAUAAUAAUGAAUCUAUGGCUCAAGGAUCUUCAGAUGAGCUCAAAGAAUUAACUGACUCUUCUCUUAAGGACAAAGGUAAAUUUUCACCAACUAAAUGUAUCUCAGGACCAUCAAAACCUUUGCAAGACACCAUUGCAAAACAUGAACAGGAUAAAUUAAUGUGGCCUGAAGGACAGAAUCCUUCAGAAGAAACAGAGACCAUUUUAACAGAAAUAGCAGUCAUACCAAUUAAUAGUGAUGUUUCGGUAUCUGUUCAGCCGGCCACUAUGGGAACCUACAACCUGGAGUCUAACGAAACAAAAAAAGAAAUUGGAAGUGGAAAAGCUACUGAUCAAGAAGAACAUGAGCCUGUCCUAACCACAAGGUCCAACAGUCUUGUAAGUUAUCGAGACCAUUUUAACAAGAAGAAGGCACAGGGAAUGGAAAAUGAUCAGAUCAGAUCAGGGGAAAAUGAAAGACAGACUGAAGUACUAGUAGUGGAGUCAGUUAACCUUAUACAAAACAAAAGAUUGUCAGAAUGUUCAAGGCUUCCUCUAGAACACUUGACUAAUGAUCAGGUUCCAUCAAGUGAAAAGCAUGAUGCUGAGAGGUCAAGGCCACCAUCCACGGAGCAAACAGAUUUUAUUUUGGCAGGAACUGAGCUUAGACAAACAGGAAAAGAUGUAACAAGGGUUGAGCCUUCAGCAGGUCCAGAGUUACUAUGUGCUACUGAAACACACACUGAUGUAGUCACAACACAUCUUAUAGAAAAGCAUAACAUCAUUGUACUUACCAUGGCAGAAAAUAACAGCAAGGACAUUGAAACUGUGGCAGAAGACAUCAGCUCAGAAAAAAAGAAUGCUUUCCAAGACCAGGAUCAACAAGAAAAGGAAAAGGCCACAGUUGAUCUAGACACAGGUGAAAGAUUUCUACAGUUAUUAGAUAGUUCUUUCCACAAAGUAGAAACCUGUGUUUCAGCUCAUGCUAACGGGUCUAAAGCAGACAUUUCAUACAGUUCAAGUAUACCAUGCAAAACAUUCGACGCCUGGCUUCAGGAGUCUGAGCACAAGGCCAAAGAGACUCUUCAUCAAACUACUUCUCAAUCUUCAGAAAGAGAUUUGGACAUGGUUUUGGAAGAACAAUGCCUGGUUUCUUCUGAUACUACAAAUGUUUCCACAGCUUUACAACCAGAGAUUAUAGCUGUUGAAACUGGUGCUUUAGAGAUGAAGGAAACAAGGAAGGAACUUAACACAGAAAGAGAUUCUUCAACUCAGCCAUCAGAUACACUAACUACUGAUCAGGAGGAAUAUGAGUACUUUACAACCACAACACCAAAAAGCUUCGUUGUUACCCCAGAAACCUUUCACAAGGAGGAAACACUGGUGACGAAAGCUCCUGAUCGUCAGAUAGCUGAAGCUACUAUUGAGUUGAUGUAUUUUAGAGGCCAACCAGAACUUAUAGGUUCAGUUAUAAAUGAACAAAGUCCAGACAAAACUGAGCCACAGAAUCUAGGUAAUAGUGAUAAAAAUAAAACCCAAAGUCAAUGUGAAGAAUCACCUUCAAGAACACAAGAAGACAGAGGACCAUUUUCAACUUCUGUAGUGGGACUAACACAGAUUUCAUUAACCAAACAAAAGUCAGAAAGUCUCAAAAACAUUGAUGAAAUGAAGGUAUCUGGAACAAAGACAGAAAAUGGCAAUAUAGACAACCAAACUGUUGUACAACACAGUGUCGUAGCUGAAGAAACUAAAGUUCAAAUUCUGGAAGAUGAGACUCUACAAGGAAUGAAAGCAGCCACAAUCAUUCUUGAUACAAGGGAAAAAUGUAUGGGUAAAGCAAGUUAUCUGCGCCACGAGUUGGACACUUGUGCAUUAAGCCAUCAUGCUAAAGAGAAUGAGGAAGACAUUUCAGCCAUUCCAUUAAAGUCAUGUCAGGAGUCUGAGCAGAGAGUCAGAGGUUGUCCACAACAAACAAUUGCCCAGUCUUCAGAAAGAGAUCUGGAAACUGCUUCCAAAGUGCACCUUUCUUUUUCCUCUGGCUCUAUACAUCCACCAAAUAUAGCUAAUUACAUAUUAAAUUUGUGGAAAAACACAGACAAAAUUGAGAAGAGAUAUUUGAUUCUUGAUGUGCCUGCAGCUGCAUUCAAUAGGAUAAAUGAGAUAGAGCUAAAUCAACCUGAUACAGAGUUUCAAGGCAAAUAUAUUUCCAACAGACAUAGCUCUGCUGUUUCUACACUUGCUUUAUCUCAAGAAGAAAGGACUGAGCUCACAGAAAUACACUUAACAGAGAAUGAAAAUUUUAAACUGAGAGGAACUGUGAAUGAGCAAAAAGAGUCUGAACAUAAGGCAUCACAGAAAAUAUAUGAGAUGCUUAAGGAAAGUUCUGUGCAUGUAGUCAAAGAGAUCAAGGAAGAAGUGUUUGCUCAGAAGGAACCUGACUGCAUUCUAGAUCUAAAUAUCACUAGCAGUCCUGAGGUCACUGACAACACAUGUGUCACAGGAGAUGAGACAAUUAAGGAGACUGUUGAAAGCAUUAUCCAAGAAGAUAUUACUGAAAAAACCUCAGUUGAAAUCAAGGCUCCUGGUUUGGAAGCAGCAAUGGUACACAUGACAGAACCUAUAGAAAUAAGCUUUUAUGAGCAAGACCAAAUACAUCAGAUUGAGACUAGACUGGCAAAGGAAUGCAGUUUUCCAGUUAAACGUCCCACUCUUCUAACUCAUAACGGUGAUGCAAAAUCUGUCACCUUAGAGAGAUCUCAAAUACUGACCGAAGUCUGUAUUCUACAGCUAGAUAUACAGAGCAGCCAAGAAGAGAGUGAUCCCACCUCUAUUGAAGAAGAAAAAGAGACAGUCAUAGAUAUUGAUCGAACACACAACCAGUCUGAAAAAUAUAUAGAAUCUCUCAACCCAGAGGAAGCUACAUCUACAAUGAGUGAGACAGAAAUUCAAGACAGUAGUAGCCAAAUUGUAGGUAAUGUUGGUCAAGCUAGCUCUGUUCAACUCACCUCUUUUGGUUAUGAGUCAGUACACUCAGAGGAAACAAGAGUCAUUGAAAUAUGCUUAAAUGACAUAGGUCACAGAGAAAAACAGACAAAGAUAGAACUUUUGAGAACAAAAAAUGAAAAGGCUGGGCCUGGCAAAAGGCAUAGUUUUAUGAAAGAUCAUCCUGAAAUGGCAGCAGAAACACCAGAUUAUUUUUCUAACAGUCUUGGAGAAAAAUCCAAAGAGUCAGAGAAAACUCACAAGGAACCUGAAGAACAAGAAGCCCAACAAGCCAGUGGGCAGGAAAAGAUGUUUGUCAAAGUAGAGGAGCCAGACAUAGAUGGAAUAAGAGCGGAAUUACAACAAACUCACUCCAGUGUGUCUCAGGAUGACUCCUCACAACCAUUGUCCUCAUGUGAUGCGGACACUGUACUUGAUGACAAAAGAACCUCUGAACAAGGUCAUUUCAAUACAGAAGUAAUGAAUAGGCAAGACAUCUGCAGAACCAUAGAGGAAAGUCAUGGGGAUCUGUCCCAGAAACUGAAUGACAACUCUAUUACAGAAAAAGGAAAACAGUUAUUGAUUUUACAACCAGAAACUCAGGUGCAAAAAACCACAUCAGUGGUUACAAUUGCAAAGAUGCCAAAGACUGAUCCAAAUGAAACAUGUAUACAAGGCCAAAGAGGGAUAGAAAAGCAAAACCUAAUUUCCAUAGGUGUUUACCCUGAAGAGAUGUUAAUGGUAGAUUUAAAACAGCAAGCAUUCUUUGAAGCAAAGAAACCUGAAAUAGAUAAUAAGGAAAAAAUUCAAGAUUACAAGCAGCUAGAAUCCGGAAAUGGUACAUUACCUGAAGUAGAUAAAGAUCCUGGUGUUGCUGAACAACCAUCUAAACUGGUAAUACAAGACACUGAUGUUGGACCAGAGACCUUUCAUAAGAACUUUAUUGAAAAUGCAGAAAUCUUUGUGAGUCCUUUUGACGUCCGAAUUGCAGACACUGAAAAGCAGCUAGGAAUGGUGCCAUGCAUAAACACUGACUCAGUAAAAGAAAGCCAAGAUGCAGCACUAGCAAAGGUUCAGCAAGGGUUUGAAAGAAAUGAAGAAGAUGUUCAAGAAACCUUUACAGAGCGGUUCAUGUCUCAACCUAGCUUGGUCCAAACGUAUAAACACUCAACAGAUGCAAAAGAAAAGAUUGAGCAACAAGUGACAGAGACUGAAGAAAGUACAGUCAGAGCAGAUCUACAGCUUCAAACUCCUGAUGAUCAAGUAAAGCUUCAGACUGUGAACUUGCCAAAGAUUGGUUCAAGUGCUGAAGAAAAGCUGACAGAAUCACUGGGCGUUGAGAAAUUCUCAUCUGAUAUUGCCCCAGUAACCUAUUUGGAAGAACUGGCUGCUCAGGAACAUGGAACAAGGCUUACUAACAAAUCAGACCUGAAAGAAUCAGAGAGUACCACUGCAGAUAAGAUUUUCACAGAGAUACAGCAACUCUUAGGCACCAAAAUCAUCACUCCGCUCAUAGAGGUUAAACUACACAAGAACGAACCAGAGGAUCUGAUCAUACCUACCAGUCAUUUUGAUCUGCAACUAAGCAGAUUAGCAUCUACUGUUUUUCACAUUAAGAACAGUCCCACUGAGCUUAACCCAAAAGCCAUGGCCCUGCAAGUGGAGGAGGUUCAGCAAGGGUUACAGCUUGCACAGCUUCAGAUUUCACUGCUACCCCAGCUGAGAGAAGCAAAUGCUGAGAUAAAGGACAUUUUGGAUCAGGAGGAUCAGUGGGUCACUAUGGCACAAGAUGCAGCUGCCGUUAUCCAGAAUAAACAGGCCCAGUUACAACUUAUCACUGAUUACUGCAAGCAAAGAGAAAUGACAAAAAUGAUGAUGGAUCAGCUCACUGCAGAACUACAUAUCAUGAAAAUAUCCCCACAGGAGAGCUGUUUCAAGGAAGUAAAGCGACUAUGCUGCUUCCAGAGACGUGUGGAGGAGAACCGAGUGACACUUGGGGAGCUGCUUAUGACACAUGCAAAGAUUUGUCUCCACCUUAAUAGAUUGGAUCAGGAAACUGCAAAGAUUGAGCAAAGUAUUCUGCUAGAAAUGUGGAGGGCUCUGGAAACAAAUGUUGAAAAACACCUUUAUCAUGCAAAUGUCCAUUCUCAUUACAUCAACACUCUUCUAACAAAUCUGCAUAGUCUGCAGGAACAUGUAAAUCUACUCUGGAGCGACCUUAAAGCCAAGCGUUCCCUACCUAUUAAGUGGAGUUGCAAGGAGGCACAAAUCGUGAUGGAGUUAAAUGCUGAAAUUGAAGCAGCCAGGCAGCAAUACCUCCAUUUACAGCAACUAUCAGAAGAAUUACUACACGGCUCCCAAUGGAAGAGAGAAUUGGAGGAGAUAAACAACAAGCUCAAGGAGAUUAAAAAUGUGCUUUGCCUCGCAGAUGAACUGUUGUUAUCUCAAACAAAAAACAGCAGCAACCCCAUCAUGGAGAAAAUAAUCACAGUAAUUAGAGAUGGCCUUGCAUGGGCCAAGCAAAUGGAGAGUGGCAUUGAGGGUAGAAGGAAAUGGGUGCAUAUUCUUCCUGAAGACGUUCACUGGCAGCUCAGCGAUCUAAAGAAGAUUCAGUCUGAAGUAAUGGCCAGACAGGGCCUACUGGAGUCAUUGGUGGAGGAGGUGACAGAGCUGCUUCCACAGCUGGAUCAGGCUCAGGAGGUACCAUUUGUACAUAUUUCUUUAGAACACCUUGAAGAACUAUCAAAAUUCACCACAGACAAGCUGUCCAAAGCUAUAAAAGAGUUGGAGUCUGGGCUCCAGAUGAGAGAAAAGUUAUCUGAGCAGAUGGCUGAUUUAGACUCUUGGAUUGUUGUCUACCUACAGACAGAGGUAUCAAGGUGUGCAAAAAGUGAACCUAUAAGUUACAGUGAUUUGGAUCAUAAAGUUUGCCAGGUCCAAAAACGCCUAGCAGAGGGAAAAAAACAGGCAGCAAUCUGUGAGGGUCUUUUAAUGAAGAGUAAAGACAUUGCAGUAGAACUCAGUGUAACAGAGAACUGUCAGCUUUUUGACAAGAUUAGAAAGCUCCAGGAAGAGAUCAAUAACAUAAUCAACCAUGAGAAGGCCCAAAAAGAGGAGAUGGAUCAACUCAUCAAGACUGUACAAUCAAGAAAGAACACCUUUGUCAGUAUUGAAAAAAGCUUGAGGCAAAUGUCAGUCGAGAUGAGCAGACUGAGGUUGCCGAUAAAAAAGGAUGCCUUGCAACUCUUAAAACCUCUUAAACUCCUCCUUCUGGAGCACAAAUCCCAGGUUGACUGUCUGAUACCAUGGACUCCUCAAGAGCAGGUGAAGGAAAUAAAUUAUGUCAUUUUAGAACUUCAAAAUAAAAUUGCAUCGAUUGAAAUGAAAUCCAGGGAUCAUGAGAAUUACCUGAACAUAAAGCAGGUAUUGGGGAUUCUGAAAGAGAACCUUCAGCAUCAAAUUAAUUUGACGAGAGAGAAUAGCAUGGUAGAGAAGUACAAAAUAUGCCACAGCCUUCUCAUCCAAUUUUCUUUAAUGAAAGGCUUGCAUGAACAGGCUAGCUAUGAUCUUGAGUUGAUCUCUGCAGACCUGUUGCCCUCACAGCUGACUGCGGAGCAGCAGAGGCUUAAAGAAACUGAGGACAUCGUUGAUACUUGGGAAAUCACUCUCUUCAAUAAUCUCAGUCUCAUUGAACUGAGUGUGCUCAAAGAAUUGGACCUUGAAUCAAUGAGGAACUCGACUCAGGAUUUUCUCUCAAAAACCCUCAGAGAGCUUCAGAGAACCUCUUUGUUGAAGCCCAACCAAGUGACAGUUGACAAGGAAUAUCAGCGAUUUCUGUCUGUAAAGAAGGUAGUAGAGUUACAAAUGAGAGCAUUUCAAGUGUUAGAGCAAAAGAAGGGAAGCAAUAAAAGGAGGCAAUACAACAAGUUGAUGGACUUGAAGAAUUCCAUCCUGAAUGAAUGUGACUCAAAAAUGGGCGCUAUGUUGAAGACAAGAGAUUGCCUGAGAAGCUACACCCUUGCUGUCAAUAAAGCUGUCCAGUUUCUGCAGGACAAGGAGGUCUCUCUGCUGCCUCUCCAGGGUUCUACUGGACCAUGUUGUGAAAGGAUAGAAGAGACACAACAUACUCUGGCAUCUCUUCAGCAUCAAUUUCAGGCCUACAUUGAGGAGCUUCAAAAGCAGGCUGUUGUGUUGACUAGCUUAUCUUGUCAGAGGGUAGGACAGCUCCAGGAAAGGAUUCUGAGCCAACUCCUAGUUAGAAUGUCAACACUCCUGGCACAAGGACACAUACAACUAGAAAAUCUCCACAGGUGUGCAGAGCAGCACAGAAACCACACAAAGUCUCGAGAUGAAAUCCUUAAGAGAGUUGCUAAUUCAGCAGACAGACUCCUGCAGCAGACCUCUCAGAAAGUCACUUGCCUUGCUGACUGCACUGACCAGGAAGAAAGGCUCACAGCACUGUCUGAAGAGUUGGAGUCCAUCAUGAAGUGUAUGGAAAACAUGAGGGAGUGGUGCUCAGAAAUGAGCUGCCGUGGAGGCCGGGAGGCAGCUGUGACCACCAUCUGGAGAUGGGUAUCAAGAUUAUAUCGCUGUGUGCACAAGUUAACAGAACGCAGUAAACAGAGAAUCGCAGAGUGGCUCGAGAUUGCCAACAGUAUCGAGAGAGCCUCAGCUGUUUUGAAGAAGGUGGAGGCAGAGCUUCCUGAUGCAUCUGAGAUGAAGGUAUCCACUGAGGAGCUCCAGGAGCUGCUGCAGUCUUGGGAACAGUACCAGGAAAGGCUGGACUGUGAACAUCGAGCCCUGUCUGCUCUGGAACUACGCACAGCCAGGCUGUUGGGUGUCCCCGCCCAUCUGGAGCAGGCUCCACCCCUUCCACUCUGUCAGCGCCUCCAGUUGAUGCAGGGCCAGUAUAGAAGUGUGGGACAGAAGAGCAAGGAGGGUUUACUUGCAGCCAGGCUGGAGCUGGAUGAGAGGGAAAAGAUCCGAGAGGAGCAGCAGGUUGUCCAUGUGUGGCUUGAGGAUGUAAAGAGUCUGCUGUCAAAGAUGGAGCAGAGUAGCAGCACACACAAGCUACAGGAGCUGUACAGACAACUGUGUGCCCACAAGAGUUUAUUGCAGCACAUUAUGGAGAACCUUAAAAUAAAAUAUGCUGUGGUCCCUGUUGAGAUUGACAGCCAGAUGCAGAAACUCACUAAAUCACUGCACUACGUGGAAGAAAAGGUGGCAGAGGCAGUGGAGAGGAGUGGGGCUGUCCACAGGCUGGGGACGAAGCUCUCUGAUGUCCAGGUCGGCCUGAGAUCUGUUCAGAACAGAAUGAAGGAGAGAAGCCCCACAGUGACUGAAGCAAAGAUCACACAAAAGCGUGUAUGGGAUGAGCUGGAUGUUUGGCACUCCCAACUGGCAGCUCUCGAAGUGGAGAUGCAGGACUUGGAGAAGCCAGAGGAGGUGCUGAUCCUCACAGAGAAACUAGUGGAGGUGCAACAGCUUCACUCCCAAGUAGCCAAAGAGGCAGAACAGAGAACAACUCUACUCAGCAAGAUACACACAUGGCUUCAAGAACAUCAAGAGAUGAUCAAGAGCUCCAGGUGCUGGAUGACUGAGGCUCAGUCAUGGCUUGCUGCUCCCUGCACAUACACCAGAGCUAAAUGUCUGAGGAGCCACGUCCAUGCUCUUCAGAUUGUGUUAGGUGAUGCAUCGCAGAUCCGGUCGACACUGCAGAACUUCAGCUCAGUCCUAGAGGAAAUGUCACAGGUUUGUGAUAUCACCGUACUCCACGACCAACUGCUGGAAGCAGAUCACAGAGUGUCAGAAGUUCAUGGCAGCUUCACAGUCCCCCUGUCUCAGCUGGAGCACGCAGCUGCUGAGAUGGAGGCCAUGGAGAAGGAAGUAUACAGAAUGGAGAAUGAUGUCGCUGAGAUUAAGACCCUGCUCUCUUCCCCAGAGACUUUUCCCAGCCCCAGAGAGGAUAAUCUCAAAAAUAUUAAGCAGAGGAUCCAAUCAAUGAAACAUACAGUAGCAGAGAUUCAGAAAUGCAAACCAGGUCUUUGUCUCCCUGAGAAGGCUGAGGAGAGACUGACUGUGUUUAAUGUGGUGGAACAGCUUCAAACUCUGUUGCUUGACCUGGAAAAGAAGGUCCUUGCCCUGUUCAGUCAACAGCCAUCCACUCCAAAUCAAGCCAAGGUGGUACCAGCAGUUCAAAACUCCAUGUCUGAGCAGCAUGGUGAGCUCCCGGUUGAAGAAACUACAGAGAAUAAAGGCAAUGAGGAGCUGAGCUUGGAGGAGGAUGGAGGAAGUGUAUUUUGGUGGCUCUGGGAAUCUUUCCUGGGAGUUUCACCUGAGAAAUCAGAACUUGUUGUCUCAGAGGAGAAGGAAGGGGUGACUGGCCUAGGUCCUGGUCAGACUGCUGAGGAUGGGAAGGAUAUUGAGACCUCAACUGACACUGCAGAAGCAAGUUCAUCUGAAGCUUUAUCAGAAGCUCUGGACACAGUGAGAACCCAGUCCCUGUUGGUAAACACAGCCUCCAGCAUCAACAUCUCCCAGUCUGACGCUAGGCCCCAGCACAGAUGUGUAGUUUCCUAAAUAUGGAGUGUUACAAACACUGAUUAUAGCUUUUCCUCUCAAUGUCUCAAAAAUAUAUGAUGUUCCUGAAUCCUGAGAGACAGCUUUUAUUACACUAGUAUCUGUGAUUUGUCAUUUCCCUUCAGAAACCUGUUGCAAACCUUCCAACAUUUUCUUAGAAGCCCUGUUAUAGGUCAAUCUGAUUGUAUUUAAUGAUCAAUAAAACUGCCAAACAUCCAAAGAUUGUUGGACCUUUG